AUGGACCUAAUCAUCUCGGCCGACACCAUCGUUGUGUUGGAGGACAAGAUCUUGGAGAAGCCCUCGUCGGAGGACCACGCCCGCGAGAUGCUGCGCCGGCUGAGCGGCAGCACACACACCGUGCACACGGCCGUCGUGCUUCUCCUCCCCAAGCAGCAGCAGCACAGUGCGGAGCCGGCGGCGCUCGUGCGAAGCUUUCACGAGUCCACGCAGGUGACCUUUGCCGACCUCAGCGACGAGAUGAUCAACGCCUACGUCGCCACCGGCUCGCCCAUGUACUACAUCUCGGACAAGGCGGGUGCGUACGGGAUUCAGGAGGUGACCGGCGGUUCGCUGAUCCGUGGCAUCAACGGGUGCUACUACAACGUCGUCGGCUUUCCGCUCCACCGCUUCUGCACCGAAGUUCUCGACCUCCUCGACCACAAGCUGCUCUGA